UGUUGGCAUGUCCGGGUUUAUCCAGUCUGACGGGCUUUUUUUCAGUUACACGAGGUAUAAGUUUGCACGACAGGGUCCAGUUUUUUUAUUUGUUUGUUUGUUCGUUUUAAUUGAUUGUCUGUAGUGUUGCUCGGUGUUGGAUAAAGUCGGAUCACUUGGGGCUCCAUUAUUUCCCAACUAAAUAUGAGAAAAAUGCAAACCUUCUGGAUCCUUCUCUUGGCUGCUCAAUUUGCAUGCUCUUGUUUUGCUUUUUUGACUAAGACAUAUCUUGAACAACGGAUGUAUGGUGAUCAGCUGAGUAUCAGACUGUCGUCUGGGGCUGAGAAAUUGCAGUUUACUUCUGCGGAUGAACGUGAGCAGGAAGUCUAUUGGUCCAGAUCUAGCAAAGCUAAAAGGGGAGUAGUAACAGGAAGAAAUGAUGACAGGAAAUUUGUAAUUCAUUCGGUCACAUUUGAUGAUGAAGGAACCUACACCGUGAUGAACUACUGGAACAGUAAAUCAUCCAUCCAUUACUUGAAGGUUAUCACUAAAAGGAGUUCGCAGGAUUGUGUGGCUGGAGAAUCCUUAAGCAUUUAUCUGCUUGGUCUUCCAAAGAAUGAUGCCACACUGCAUUUUUCAAACCAUGAUUUCAACCUCACUCUGGUGGAGCGUGGCUCACCUGUGGGCAAUUUACAUCCUGAAUACAUGGGACGUGUGCAGGUGACUAAGACCAGCAUCGAGGUGCUCAAUAUCAAUGUGUCAGAUGUGGGUAACUACACACUCAGGGAUCCUCUAAAUCGCAAAGUCAGGAUUAUCUCUAUGAACUUGGUUGAUAGUCAUGGAGGGUCUAAUGCAGGUCCUCUGGCAGCUCUGCUGCUGUUACUCGGUAUUCCACCCUGUAUUUGCUGCUGCUGUAGAAAGCGGAUUUGUAAAAAGACCAGCCAAUCCAACACCAACAACACCACCACUACCACUGUGAAGUAUGACAACCAAAUUAAUCCACCUGGACCUCCACCAGCCUACGGCAGUCCCGAAGCUUCUGCAGGUCCCACACCGGGCUAUACCCCGGGUUACCCUGCUAUGGGUGAGAGUAUUGUUCAUCCUCCACCUAAUCCCGUAUUUCCUCCUCAACCACCCUACAGUGGAUAUCCUGCCACAUUACCUGCUAUGCCCCAUAACCCUAAUCCCCUUUACCCUCCUAUAUCUGGCUAUCCACCAGCACAGCCUCCUCAGUGGAGUGAAGCUCCCAGUUACCAACCUCCUCCGGCUGGUUUUGCUCCAGUGACAUACAAUGCUUCUGCUGGCCCUGAGCCAGUUAAAGGGGAAAUACCUCCUACAGCUCCACUACUCGCACCUCCACAGUCUGAGGUGCCACAGCAUCCAGCCCCAGACUCCAACAACCAAUUCAACAUCAACAAGGCAAAUGACUCGAACGCCAACUUCCUGUAGUUUCUCUUCCCUCGUGGCUAUUUUCUAAACAUUUAAAAGGUGUAGUAGUUUACAAAAUUGUGAAUGGCCCUGAUGCACAUGUUAGAGAUUAAUUUGAUUUUUUUAUUCAGAACUUUUCAGGAUUCAGUAGACAUGUUCGUGGUGUAAUGAACUGUUUGUAACUUACUGUGAAAUGUAGUAUUUCUAACACAUGGAAGGGUCAAGUAAAAUGAGACCCAAUUUGCAUCUUAAAAAGUGGAGUGAGGAAAAAUUAAGGGCUAUAAUAAAUUAAUGAAAUACCUCACAGUAUGUUUAAAUGAUACAUUGCUGGAUUUAUGUGAAUUAAAUUGUUUGUUUUUUUUAAAAAACAAAAAAACAAUAGAACUGGAAAAAAUAUAAUUUAAUUUUUAAUUGUCUAAAAUGAUGUAGGUGUUUUGUACUAUGUUCAUAAUUUUAGAGAGUGGUGUGAAUGUUGCUAAUGUAUUUUUUUCAUUGAUUUUUGCAUAACCUGUUCAAACAUUCAUUAAUGGGUUUAUACAUAAAUUAUGUAUGAUUUAUACAUAAUUAUGUCUUAAGCUUAAUGUUCUGUUUGUUUAAAGAAAUAAAUGAUAGAUUAUUAAAUUUUAUACCUGAAUAUGUAGCCAACAUCUACUUUGAAACACAGGCUGUAUG